CCCGGCGCGGUUCGCACGGGGCUGGGGCUACCGGCCCGCCUCCGCCCGCCCCGGCCCCGCCCCAGCCGCGCCGAGCCGUGCUGUGCCGAGCGGAGGGCAGCAUGCGGAGCGGCGCCGCCAGCAGCGGAAUAGCAUGCGUGGAAGUACAUGCUAGUAUUGGUUACCUGCAUCCUAGUACAAGAGCUCCAGCUUGAUUCUUCAGCACUUCUAUCAGAACAUGGGGGAAAACGAUGAUGAAAAAUACAGUCAAGCUGGCCAGAUAUUUGAGAACUUUGUCCAAGCAUCAACAUGUAAAGGUACCAUUCAGGCCUUUAAUAUUCUCACACGCCAACUUGAAUUAGACCCUUCAGACUGUAAGAACUUUUACAGCAAACUGAAGUCAAGAGUAACCACGUGGAAGGCCAAAGCUUUGUGGAACAAGCUUGAUAAAAGAGCAAGUCACAAAGAGUACAAACGUGGAAAAUCUUGUAUGAACACUAAGUGUCUGAUUAUUGGGGCUGGACCCUGUGGCCUUCGUACAGCCAUCGACCUGUCAUUCCUGGGAGCCAAGGUGGUGGUCAUAGAAAAGAGGGAUGCCUUUUCCCGGAAUAACGUUCUGCAUUUGUGGCCAUUCACCAUACAUGACCUCCGGGGACUAGGAGCAAAGAAAUUUUAUGGGAAGUUCUGUGCAGGAUCCAUUGAUCACAUCAGUAUUCGACAACUUCAACUUAUCCUCUUCAAAGUUGCACUUAUGCUAGGAGUUGAAAUCCAUGUGAAUCUAGAGUUUGUGAAAGUCCUGGAACCCCCUGAAGAUCAGGAAAAUCAAAAGAUAGGUUGGAGGGCUGAGUUUCUCCCUGUGGAUCAUCCUUUGUCAGAAUAUGAAUUUGAUGUUAUUAUUGGCGCAGAUGGCCGCAGAAACACAUUAGAAGGUUUUAGGAGAAAGGAGUUUCGUGGAAAGCUGGCUAUAGCUAUCACUGCCAAUUUUAUAAACAGAAAUACAACUGCAGAAGCCAAAGUAGAAGAAAUUAGUGGUGUUGCUUUCAUCUUCAAUCAGAAGUUCUUCCAAGACCUUAAAGAGGAAACAGGAAUUGACUUGGAGAAUAUUGUUUACUACAAAGAUAGCACACAUUAUUUUGUGAUGACAGCAAAAAAACAAAGUCUUCUGGACAAAGGAGUGAUUAUAAAUGACUAUAUUGAUACCGAAUUACUGCUCAGUGGGGAGAAUGUGAACCAGAGCAAUUUGCUGUCCUACGCUCGAGAAGCUGCUGACUUUGCGACCAACUAUCAGCUGCCUUCCUUGGAUUUUGCAAUUAAUCACUAUGGGCAGCCAGAUGUAGCGAUGUUUGAUUUUACAUCUAUGUAUGCAUCUGAGAAUGCUGCACUGGUGAGAGAGAGGCACAGACAUCAGCUUCUGGUUGCACUUGUUGGAGACAGUUUACUUGAGCCUUUCUGGCCAAUGGGUACUGGCUGUGCAAGGGGCUUCUUAGCUGCUUUUGAUACUGCUUGGAUGGUGCGAAGCUGGGCUCAAGGAAAACCCCCGCUAGAAAUCCUUGCUGAACGGGAGAGUAUUUAUCGACUCUUGCCUCAGACUACACCUGAAAAUAUUAACAAGAAUUUUGACCAGUAUACCAUUGACCCAGGAACGAGGUACCCGAACUUGAACUCAAGCUGUGUUCGACCUCACCAGGUGAGACAAUUAUACGUUACCAAUGAGUUACAGCAAUGUUCUCUUGAAAGAGUAAGCUCCAUUAGAAGAUCAGUGAAUCUCUCAAGACGAGAGUCAGACAUUCGACCUAACAAACUCUUGACCUGGUGUCAGAAACAGACAGAAGGGUACCGUAAUGUUAACAUCACAGACCUGACUACCUCCUGGAAAAGCGGCCUUGCACUGUGUGCAAUUAUCCAUCGCUUCAGACCUGACCUCAUAGACUUCGAUGCACUGAAUGAAGAGGACAUUGUCAAAAACAACCAACUGGCAUUUGAUGUUGCUGAGAGGGAAUUUGGGAUCCCCCCUUUGACCACAGGGAAGGAGGUGGGAUCAGCUGAGGAGCCUGACAAGCUCAGCAUGGUCAUGUACCUCUCCAAGUUUUACGAGCUGUUCAGGGGCACACCUCUGAGGACAGUAGAUGCUGGGGAUAAGCAAAAUGGAGAAAGUAAUGAACUCUGUUCAGCAAAAUCAUCAAACUUCAUCUUUAACAAUUACAUCAACUUAACUUUACCAAGGAAGCGAGUGCCAAAGGUUGAAGGGAAAACAGAAGAAAAUGAGACUAACAAAAGACGUCGCAAAGGUCUUUUUGGUGUCUUUGAGGAGGCCUCAGGAUUUUCAAGCCAAGGGACAAGUGCUGGGAAAGAACAGAAUGAUGGUAGAGAAGGAACAAACCAGAAUAAAGUUAAAUCAAUGGCAACUCAACUGUUGGCAAAGUUUGAAGAGAAUGCUCCAAAUACAAUUUUUCGGAGGCAGGAGCAAAUAGAUAGAACAGCACAGCUCUCUUCUGAUUCUCCUGUUAAUCCUCGCUUUGCUCAACCUAAAGAUCCAAGUCUUCUUCCACCUCAACCAAAAAGGCAGUUUCAGGUGGUAGCUAGAACUGAACACGAGGUCAGGGAAACCAAGCAGUCUUUAAAUGGUUCUGAUCAUAUGGCCAGGAGACCAAAGGCUAUAGAAAAAACAGAUAUCCAGCGCAGUCUGUCAGAACCAUCUGAAAAUCUUGCAUCUGCCUGUUCUGCUGCAUUUGUACUUUCUGGAGUGCUUGAGCGUCUUCAGCACCUGGAUGAAAAAAUGAAACAGAAAAGAGCUCAGACCAUAGCAAAUAGAGAAUUCCAUAAAAAGAACAUUAAAGAGAAAGCAGCACAUCUUGCCUCACUGUUUGGAUACAUGGAAUUUCCAAAGAAUAAGCUGCCUACUAAAGGCUUAUCCCAUUCUCAGCCCCCAACUCCCUCUUGCCCUCCACCUCAUGAUUCAGCUGCUGCCUCUUCUCCAUCGUCUGUAGUUUCAGCUUCCCCUGUUCUUCCUUCUAGACAGAUGACUGUAGGAAAGGUCUCACGUGCAAUUGGAGCUAUGGCUGAAGUUCUUGUCAAUCUGUAUGUGAAUGAUCACAGACCCAAGCCACAAAUUGCCCCCCUUGAGCUGGGAUCUCUGCGAAAAGAAUUUCCUCAGUCUAUUGGGGGGAGUGACAUUUGUUAUUUCUGCAAAAAACGGGUGUAUGUUAUGGAGCGGUUGAGUGCAGAAGGCCACUUCUUUCACAGGGAGUGCUUCAAGUGUGAAAUAUGUUCUACAACUCUCCGUUUAGGAAUUUACGCCUUUGAUGUUGAAGAAGGAAAAUUUUACUGCAAACCUCAUUUUACACACUGCAAAAUCAGUAAUAAACACCGAAAGAGAAGAGCAACAUUACAGGUCCAGUGUAAGGAGGCAGCAGAAGCAUGGAGGAAAGAAGAGCUCAGACCUACAGAGACCACCACAGACAGCGCUUUAACUACUGCUAGCAGUCCAGAGGACAGGUCCCCAGGCUUCUGCCAGCCCGUGGCUGACCAGCCUACCUCCCCAAAGAAGGCAAAGAGCAUCCUGGAACACUUCAAUGUGGAAAGCUGGUUCUCAUCCCCUGACCCUGAGUGGGCCACCGUAAGGGUCAUCCCCGAGGAGGAAAUGACAGAGCACAACCUCCUUGCUGUUCGGGUCAUGGUCACCAGUGAUGCAAGCAGCUCUGAGGGGGAAUCUGAUUUUGAUGGCAACUCCUCCAGCUCUGAUGUGGGUGAAAGACAGACCCCGUUGCUGGAACCCCCUGCCUGCCCAAACCCCCCACGCCGCUGGACAUUGCUUGCCAGGAGCCCUGUGGCACCAGAGGAAAGCCACAGGACAUCCAAAGUCAUUGAUGCGCUACAGAGAGCCAACAGCUUCCACUCCACUGCCUUAAACAAGUAUCAGAGUUGGAGGAGAAAAAUCCAAACGAAUUUCCCUCUACUGUCUAACAAGAAGCCUGGGCUACACUGGAAGGACAGCUCAGCCAGCUGUCAAAGCAGUCUUGGAGAGGAUCACCCCCAAGCACAGUUGGCUUCUUACAAGAAACCACCAGAAGUUACGAGGGGACAUGUCAAACCGUGCAGCCCAGAAUUUCAAAGAAAAACCAGAGAGAGGCCUCGAGAUGUCCAUCCCCAUGUGCCUCAUUGUCCACUUCAGAGCAAGGUCAGAGGUUCUCCACAGAUCCCUCCUGGGAAUGGGGCAUGGGCUGCUGAUUUUUCUGAGCCUGAAGAUAUAGAUGCUGAUGCUGGGACAUGUACAGGCCAGGGCUGGAAUGAAGACAAAAGGAAUUAUACUUCUGAAUCAGGAGAUUUUAAUGGGAAUACAAAAGUGAUGUCAUCUCUGCACCUGAAAGAAAAAGAUGAGAAAAAUAUGAAGCACCCAGAGGAAAAGCUUGAGCAAGAAGUAAAGGAAGCAAAAAAAAGGCCAGCUCUUCGCACAGAGCAGCUACCCAAGUUGUAUGAUUCAAAUGGGGUGUACUUAGGUGGAUCCACACUGCAGUGUCAAAACAAAAAAGUGCUGGAGAUUUCAAAGGAGAAAGAUGCUGAAUGGAGAAGAGGUGUUUUCAAGCCAUCUGGUUAUCCUGUGCCUCUUUUAUUUGUAGAUAAUGUGCCACCAGCUUUGCCAGUUGACAGGAAAGAUGCUCUGAGGAGUCCAGACAAAACUGCCAAGGAGCAUUCAGCUGGCCAGCCAAAAUCACCACUGAGGCUUAUUGCCAGUGCAAUCCGGAGGUCCAUUUUGGAACCUCUGACUUCAUCUCCAGAAGGACUAAAGCAGGAUUCAGACAGCAAAACCAAAGCCUCUUCAGAACAAGCUUUCUUCAGCUUCCCUAGUAUUCUUGGCCAUAGGAACACUAACAACAACAAUCAGCCACAGGACCUUCAAGUAGGGAAGCAGGCAGGAGAAUAUUUAGGAUGUGGGAGCCUUGUCUCAAGUGCUUCUAAGUUUUCUGCCAGCUCUGAAAAGAUAUCUCCAAGUGGUUAUGCUAAGGAGGUGUCCUUCCCAGUCUACAGUCCUCACAGCAGGCCUUCCAAGACCCAUAGUAUACCUCAGAAAUCAACUUGUGCUAGAAUGGAGGAUGUCCCAGGACUCCUAGAGAAGUUUACUUUUAAUGAAACUCCUUCAGUGGCUCCCAGGGAUGAUGUAUUUAUCUGUAAUGAAAAGUACCCUCUUGCUUCAUCUCGGGAACCCUGGAACACCCCUAAGGACAGCUUGCAUGACUCUGCACAGAAGGGUAGUCUUUCACUCUUUGAGAGACUAAGAAGUAAAGUUUGUGAAAGAGAAGGGAAUUUCUUCACGUCAUCUCUGCCUUUCAAGAAGGACCAUUCUGCAGAAGACAGGCUACAUUAUCCUUCCACAGGAUGUGAACUUCCACCUGUCAGGAAACAGACUGCUGAGUAUUUCACUUCUUCCUCUGAUGAAGAUGAAUUUGAAUCCAAGCCUUCAUUAACAUAUAAGGCAAAAAGAUCUCUUAGAAGGAGAAGAAAACUGGAGAAGGAGACAAAGCAAUUGAUUAAACAAGAGGAGCUGAAGCGGCUUCACAAAGCACAGGCAAUCCAGCGCCAACUAGAAGAACUGGAAGAAAGGCAGAGAGCGCUGGAGGUUUUCGGUGUUCAGUUGGAGAGAGAGCUCAGAGGAGAAUCUGUUUCAGGCAUGCGGGAUGAAACUCAGAUGCUUCAUGAGUGGUUUGAACUGGUCCUGGAGAAGAAUAAAUUAAUGCGUUACGAGUCUGAGCUCUUGAUUGUAGCCCAAGAAUUAGAAUUGGAGGACCACCAAAGCAGAUUGGAACAAAAACUGAGAGAGAAGAUGGCCAUUGAUGACAGCCUUAAAAAUGAGAUGGAUCUAAAUGAGGAAGAUGAAAUUUUUAUUGAGAUGAUGAAAGUGGUUGAAGAAAGGGACAAACUCGUGUCUACCUUAGAGGAGCAGAGAGUGAAAGAACAAGCAGAAGACCAGCACUUUGAAAGCAUUCUAUUAUCAAGGGGCUGUCAGCUGAGUGGGAUUUAAACUGCCAUCUGCAAACGAAUGUAAUUUCAGCAAUAUUAGUACUAUCUUCCAAAAUUUAAGGUAAUACAAAUUUGAAGUCAGUUUCUUUGGAAAGGUCAUUCCGUUAUCAGGAGCUUUUAAAGAAUUUCUGUGCUCACACUGGUGGGAAUUGCUUCACUGUCACCAUCAAAGAUCACAAGAAUAAAGAUGGAACGGAUUUACUUGUCUGAGAGACACCACAGUCUGUGAAAGGGAAACUGGCACUCCAGUGUUUAACUUGGAAUGUUAUUUUAGUGCUGAAAAUAGAGUUCUUAAGCAAAAGGGUGAUAUCAUAUAGCAUUUUUUGAGAUGUCAUUAUUUUCCAUCUGCUUGUCUCACUCUUUAUGUGGCUUUGCUUACAUUUUGGCACAGCAAAACUAUGAUGAACUGUUUAAAGAUGGAAAGCAAGCAUCUCAUGUAGAAGUAAGGUUAGUUUUAUUUUAUUUUUCUGGUGGAAAAGUCCUUUGACUAAUAACUAUGUGUAAGCACUCAUUAAAACCAUUAAAAUACAAUGUCAGAGAUGCAUUUUCUAGGUAUUCUCACAUUUGAAUGACAUGUUAAGCAUCUCUGUGUUUUGUAAAAUGAUAAGGGGCCAUCAAGUGGGUAAUUCCCCUAAGACUGUUACAUACUCCUGUGUGUCACAGGUUAAGCUCUUCUAUAAAGUAUGCUGAAUGAUAAUUUUAAAAUACUUAUCCAGACCUGCCUCAUAGGCUGUAUCACAAGAAGGAUCAUGAGAGGUAUAGCAGUUUAACAAAUCUCCCUUAAAAUAAUUCCUCGAAAGGACUGCAAAAAUAUUGAGUUCUGCAACAGCAACGUUUGGUUGAUAAUGUUGUGAGUAUGUUAUAUUUCUUUUGUACUGCUGCUCAGAAAUGUAGGUGUAGAUCUUUUGCUUAAAGGAAGUGCCUGCUAUCUCUUUUUGUUUGUGUUUGUUUGAUUGUUUUUCCUGUAGUCGUGGCAUAGCAGAUGUGCAGAAAUUCUUGUUGGUGUUCAGGACAACUUUAUGUACUUUCUUAAGUCUGCAAUUCUGCAAUCUAAGAUCGGUAAUAUUUCAGGCUUGUACAUAUGAUGCACUUAGUGCUCAAACUGAAAAACCAAGGAGACCAAAAGACUGUUUCUUCUUCAAUAUCGUUUUACCUCACACUUUGACACAAAGAUUUGAUGUUCUCAUUAUUUCGUGACUGGUGCUUAUUUGCAAGAGCUGCCUUCUUACAGCCAAAGCUACGAGCAUUCUUGUUAUGAGAAAAUUAAGCUAAAGAACCUCUUGGUAACUAGCUGUAGGGUAACAGGUACACUGGAUCUUGGUACGAUAACUUAGCAGUGAUCUUAAGUUUUUGUUGUAUUGUAAGAAAUCUAAAUCAUCCUUUUUAAAAUUAAAAACAAAAGAAGUUUUCACUGUUGACCACAAAGACAUAAUAUACCUCUGUUGCUGCAAGGACUGUACUACUGUUAUGCAGUAUUUAUGUAUUUAUACUUAUUUAUUAGUCUGUGUAAAGAGGAUAAGAGUGUCAUGUUACAUUUUACAGUUCAGAUGUUGUCUCCAAUUUUCACAAAUAAGUUCAUUUCUAACAGUUAUUUAUAGGUAAAGGUCUGCAGAGUAGAUUAGGUAGCUUUAUCCAUUUGGAAAUUAUUAGUAAUAAAGUAUAAAUUAAGACAUAAAUAAUAUCUCAGUGGGAUACCUUUACAACAUAACACGUUGAGCUUUAACAGUAUAAUUUGUCUUUCAUUUGGGUGGAGAGACAUAGCAGGAUCCCUGAAUGUAUUCCAGAAUUACCAUCAGCCAUUUCUGUCUGUCAUUCAUAUGCUGAGCACACCUUGUUCUUCACGUUACAUUUUUAUUGAGAUGGAUUGCAGUGAUUUGUUUUAAGAGUAACUCUAUUCCUUUAGAUUGACAGAGAGCAGAAGCAAGCAGGACAGCAAUAAAUAUGUUCAUUUUCUCUGUUGAAAUCUGCUGGCAUCCCUAGUUUUGUGGAGAAAAUGGAUGGACUGCAUCAGUUCCCAGAAGCCUCAUGUAAUCCAGGGGAGUGAUGAUACUGUCUGGAUCAUCUGCCAUUGUUUUCUGUAGGAAACAAAGUCAUAAUAUUUUCACUGGAUUCUUUUUUUUUUUUUUUUUUUUUUUUACAAGUUGUUACAGCAAACAUUUUCUUAGUGCUUUGCACAGUAAGGCAGUUCAGCACAGAAGCCCUUGGUUAUAUCAGUUGGUGAUUAUUUAUUCACUUAAUUUGUACUAAAAGCCCACUUCUCCUCCUCUGUACAAGAGAAGGAAGGGCAGCCCCAGAGGUCCUCUGCCCAAGUCUGACGCACUCACCCAGUGCAGGUGCUGUGCUCCAAGAACCUGGGCUCAGGUCUCCCCGUGGAGCAGACAGGCCAUGAGACUUCACCUUACAGCAGAUAUUUGUUUGGCUGCUGAGAGCCAAGAGAUUAGAGGCAGGAGGAGUUGAGAGCCAUCAGCAUUUAAUGGACUGCGUAGAUAUUCAUUGCCAAAAUGAUACUUUUCUGCAUGCCACCUGGUGAUAACACUCCAUCCACAACCACAGGUCCCACAUGUCUACUCUUGGGUGGAAAAAUCUGGCAGGUUACUGCUACCCUGACUGGUUCUGCGUGCCUCACAAGCUCAGAUCCACAAACAUAUUGUGCAGGCAAAGCAGGAAAAGAAUAAAUUCUUGAGCAAUUUAAAGCAAGUCUUUGUAUUGUGUGAAUAGAGGAGGCAGAAGAAAUAAGCUACAUGCCCUGGUUGCUGGUCAGUUUAAUAUGGCUGGCAUGUAUUACAAAACUGUCUAAAUGUGUUUUGUUAUGAGUGUUCUUACUGCUUGAUCUUUCUUGUGAAUUGACUCAUUAAUAUAUACUGGAUUUGUUGGGGUAUAUUUUUUUCUUUAUUUUUUUUUUCCAGUCCUUGGUACCUGUCACUGUUGGGUAUAAUGUGAUGUGCUGGAAUGUAUUGCCAUGUCUAAAUGGACUGGAUGUGAGCAGUUUUGUAUUUGAAGAAAUAAAACUGUAUCUCACUCUCUGAA